UGCCCUUUUAUACUCUUCAUUCGCAUGGCGGAGAAAAAGGACGGGAAUAAUUUUCCAAGAUUUAAAAGGUUUAACAUCAAAAAGAAGUGGACUUGAACCGAAAGAUGUCAGCCAAGCAGCGUCAUAAGCAGAGAGUGAUACAGAGGUUAAAGGAGAAGCUUGAAAACCUGAAGUCAAUAGAGGAGAACCUGCACACUGUUGUCAGAGAACAUGUGUUAAAAGCAGAGAAAAGAUGUCUUGAAGUGUUAAGACUGGAGGAUACAAGUCAGUUCCUGCAGCAGUAUGGCAAAGUGGAGCAGUUGUUAGAUGCUGCAUUCAACUUGGUGGAAGUGCUCACUUCUUCUGCUGAGGACAUGAUAGAAAACGUUGAUAGCAAUGUCCCAGAUGAAGAUGUUUUCACCACAGACAGAUCUAUCCACUCAUCCACACACAUUCCCUCUGAUGACAAGCUAGAAACAAACAGAAAUGUUCAUGAGAGAAAUGCAAAGACCGUAGCAAGACAGCUCUCAGAUAAAGACAUUGAAAGAGAACUUCAAGAAAUGAUUCAGAGUUCCAGUAGGAAAAGACAUGGCAGUUCUGAAGCUGCAAGUCAAACAGUUCCAGAGGAAGUGUCCUUAUAUAAUGAACAGACUGGUUUACAGCAUUGUGACAGAAUGUAUCAUGUCUCACAGUCUACAGGUGUUAACCAAAUGAAACAAUCCAUCAUCAGUGACACAGUCUCUGAGAGGGGUCAGUCUGUUAGCAGCUCAGAUAAUACAGAUGAAAAUAAAGUACUAAAUAAAGAAAAAGAUUUCUAUGAGACUUGUGUUAAGAAAGAUAGUAAAGUGCUUGGAAAACAGAUAGGUAAUAACAUAAAUGAAACAAGUGUUGGAAAGAGUAAGAAAUUGCAGCCGAACAACAGUGGUUCAAAAAGUGCCGGGAAAACUAAAACUGAUAAAGGAGUACCUAAGAAUGUGAGAAAACAUUUAAAUAAAGAACCCAGUCAGGAUACGGAUGGGUCAAGUUCUAGUCAGGUAGAUUCAGUGACAUUCAAUCAAGAUGUGAUUCUAGCAAGUAGUCCAAAAAGAAAUACAGCUAAUCCCAAAAAGAAAAAGUCGCCAAAGAAGAAAGCUGGAAAGUCAAACAUAGACAGUCUGAUUGAACCUCAUUUAGACAAAGAUCAAUCAAAUAAAGCUUCAUCAGAAAGACAUGAGGAUGUUAAACUCAUUGAUAAAGAUGUUUCUAAAGCAAAACAAGGGAUCGGAAAAUAUUCUGAAAGUGAACAAAGUAUGAGGAACAGGAAUGUAUUGAAGGGUGAGCAGGGUGAGAUUUCAAGUGAACCAACCAUUACAUCAUCAGAACAAAGUAUCUUAGAACAUGAACUAACAGAAAUGAGAGCCACUGAAAGUAGUGAAACAUCUACUAGUUCAGAUCUGAGAAGUUUAUUGAAGGAUGGCCAAGCAAUUCAUACUUUGCAAGUUGGAAGUGGAGUAAAUAGUCAAAAGGAAUUGCAUCCUAGUCAGAAAUAUCAGCUGGAGGCUGUAGAAAAUAGUGCAGCUGUAAGUAAAAGCAGACUAGAAGAAAUCAGUGAUAAAUCUGACAAUACUGCUGGCAAGGAAGAUUCAGCACAAUUAAAAGUUAAAGAUACCACAGACAAUUCUGGAAAAAAGGGAGACAGUACAAGUACUGAGGUAUUGACUGCUGGUAAUCUGUUGGUAGGGAAGAUAACUCCUAUUAUUGUAAGUGAGGUUGUCUCCCCCUGGUGUUUCUUUGUGCAGAAGAAUGGACCCCAGCUGAGUCAGCUAAUGGAACAAAUAUGCAUUUAUAUGGCACAAGGGGGUCUCCAGAAGCAGGCAUUACUGGAACCAGAAAUAGGAACCUUGUGCCUGGCUAAAUAUACCAAAGACUCUUCUUUCUACAGAGCAUACGUCACCCAGAUAUACAGGGCUAUACAGACGCAUAAUUCGGAGGUAGAUGUGCUGUAUGUAGAUUAUGGAAACAGAGAAAGGGUGAAGGUCACUCAACUACGAACAUUACCAGAGAAGUUCAAGGCCCUGCCAACACAAGCAAUAUGUUGUGCUCUUGCUGAGGUGAUGCCGUGUAACAAGUACUGUGUAUGGGCAGAAGAUGACAUUCAUGUGUUUAGACAAUAUGUUACCGGGCAGCAGCUGAGUUGUACCCCACCCACAUGUAGAAGUAGUGGUGUGAGUCUGCCAUUGUUGGUUGAGUUGAUUGUGAGUCUUCCGGUGCCAACCAUACCUCAAGGUGGCAUUUACCUCAGUCAGUUUAGUAUAGCUCAGUUAAUGAUCAAUGCAAAGAAAGCAAGACAUGUUGAAGUCACCGAGCAGCUUGGAUUGUUGGCGAAGUCUGGUGAAGGUGCUGAAGAGGCGGCCAUUUUAUCUCAUGAUAUGACUACCCCAUCGAGACUGGCAAUAAUGGAACUGAGUGAAAGUCAGUGUGAUACUCCGCAAAAAAUGGACAAACUUGUCAAAAAUAAAGACUUGGAAGAGGAUGCAAAUCAAGAACAGGGCCAACCGAAGGUAGAACAGUUAAAUUUGAACAAAGAGACAGAUAUGACAUCUACAGAUGUGACUAGUUCAGGGUAUACAAGUAAGCAAGUGAGAACAGAUCUGAUUUCUCCUAGGUCAGAAAAUUCUGAUACUGAAUCGCAGAGAGAUGAGGGACAUAAAGGGUCAAGUAAAAUACCAGAAAAGGGCCAGAGUGUUACACAAGGAUCUGGAAGCCGAGGACAAUUGGACAAGAUUAAGGAGGAAACAGUGGAGUUAGAAUAUUGUGAAACAUCUUCUACAACCACCAGCCUUACAACUGACAUUGAUUUCCCUCCUGAGAAAGGUAUCCAUUUAGCUGACCUUCACUUUGACCUUGAUGACCUUUACUUCAAUCCUCAAGGUCAGGAGGUCAUGCUGGCCCAUGUGAGGUCACCAGAUGAGUUCUUUGUGCACAUAAUUUCACAGCAAAGUGGAGAGACUCUGGACCGAUUGAUGAAGAAUCUGAAUAGUUUGUUUGAGAACGUAAACAGAAGGAAGCUUACAAAACUCAGUAAAACAUUUGAACCAGAAGAAAAGAAACUGUGCUGUGCUCAGUUCCUUCAGGACAAUAACUUUUACAGAGGAAUUAUCCGUAAUACUAAACCAGAGAAAGAAAUUAUGAAGGGACGGAUUCUGGUACACUACAUAGACUUCGGAGAUGAAGAAUGGCUGCCUAAAAGGAGAAUUUUUCCUCUACCACCUCAGUUCUGCAGUGUCCCUAGAUUGGCUGUCAAAUGUAGCCUUGCUUACAUAAAACCAGUCUGUGCAGAAGGUGAGGAACCAGACAGAUGGUCUAAGACAAGUUUAGAGAAGUUUAUUGACAUUGCUGGGCUUGAGAAAACUCUACAUAUGCAUGUUGUACAUGGAAGUCUAGAGGAUUUUAAAAAAGGCAACCCAUGUGAAGACUCUCCAGUUCUUGGCAUUCUUUUGGUAGACAAUACAGGAACAGAGGAGGUGUGUAUCAAUAUGGACUUGAUCAGAGAAGGUGUAGCCCAGCUAGAUACUUCCCAGGCUAAACAUGAGAAGGACAACACACAAGAGAUGUCUCCCGAUACUAGACUGGAGAAGUGGAACCCAAUGGAGGAGGAUUUUCUCUCUAAAAGAAACAGUUACAAGAUAGAUAUUGAUGAUGCUGGAGUUGCAACAACAGGAUAUAAGGCUAAAGAUGAAGAAAGGCUUUGCAAGUUUUUCAGUACAGGCAGAGAUUGUUGGAGAGGGGAAAGGUGUCCAUUUAGACAUAUCCAUGUUGAAUCAGGUAUUACUUAUGACCAAGAGCCAGUGUAUGCAAUCAGUGACAAUCAAAGAGAUUUUCUACCUCAAACAGGAAGUUGGGUUGCCAUAGAGAUAUCUACAAUCUUGUCACCUAGCCAUUUCUAUGCAAUUCUACCCCUAGGGAGUAAGUCACUAGAUGCCACAUGUAGCGAGCCAGAGAAACCAGACACAGGUGCGUUUGGUGUAUCAGGAAGUGAAGAAACGCUAGACGACCUGCUGGAUGCUCUCAAUACUGAGUACAAGAAGCGGCCUGCUCAUGAUGGGAGUCUGUUGUUGAGAGCAAUUGGUGAAAUUGUUGUCGCUAGAUUUUCCUUAGACCAGAGCUGGUACCGGGCACGUAUCAUUGAAGUCACAGAAGAAAAGGUCAAGGUGUUUUUUGUUGAUUUCGGAAACACAGAAUGGUUACCAGAGGAGGAGGUUACUGACAUAAAACCAGAAUUCCUACAUCUACCAUUCCAGGCAGUAGAGUGUUUUAUGAAUGUUGAACCCAAAGCUAAUGAGAAAUGGACAAAAGAUGCAAGGGUUGUGUUCAGAGAGUUGGUUGAUGGGAAGACAUUAGUUGGACAUAUUAAAUCAAGGUCAUGGAAUGGAUGUCUGUGGGUGGAGCUGUAUGAUACCUCUACUGAAGAAGAUGUCAAUGUAGGGGAGGAGCUUGUAGAACGAGGUCAUGCUUUAAAGGGGGAGUCACAAGAAUCCCAUACUGAUUAUUCAAGCAACAUCAGUCCUGCUUCUGGAGACCCGUUACUGGUUCCUGGCUAAGACUUUUCCUGAGGAAUGUUUCUUUGGUAGAAUGUCUGAUAUUAACCAGGACUAGUACCAGGAUGACUUGAAACUGCUGUUUGAUUAAUGUAUUUUAGAACAGCUUUAUGACAAGUUUCUUCUUGAUUUUGCAACAACCAAAUAUACGUUACUUGCCAUAUAAUAUCUGUUGAAUGGUGGUGGAAAUUUAGAUAUAUAUUUAAUAAUUUUAAUUUCAUUGCCAAAAUGUUUUUACAUAGGAAAGUCUCUGUGUAAUGUAUAUAACAUGUUGAUAAAAACACCUAACAACUUACAGAUCUUACAUGAAAUCUAAGACGGAUGUCUUCAAAGUUUUACAUGAUUCCUAGGACCACAUGAGCCAAAAUUGCAAUUUAAAAUUAUGUUGGAAUUGGCUGAAGUAUUAUUUUUACAUAUGUACUGGAUUUUGAGGGUAACUUCAAAACUGAGAGUUAUACUUCAGUAAAUUAUAAAUGCUUUGGGUUCUUCGUUCCAAAUACUUGUAGUAUGUGUUAUGAAUUUAUUAUAUAUUAUCAAGUUUUUAGAAGAAAAUAUGUGAAAAAAUCUGUUAAGGAAUAGGUGAAUCAUACUGUAGUCAGUGGAUAACACUUGGAAUGACUAAUUGAUUGGCUGCUGGUGCCUGGCUAAGUAUUGAUGAUGGGAACCUUCCAGUUACUUGACUGUAAGCAUCUGGCUGGCGAUUGUUGUUGAGAAAACUUCUAAUUAAAUGGUUGUUGGUGUCGGGCAGAGGACUGUUGUUGGGAUAUACCUGUUGAGAUUAUGAUUUUAUUAUUGUUGUAAGAACAAAAUAUUAGGAUUUUAUGUAAAUAUGUUUUUUACGCUUGAAAGAAGCAGGUUCAGUUACACCAUAUGUGUUCAUAUUGUUCAAUCUCAUUUUUAGACGUUUAUCAUUGUCAGUGACGUGCACUGUAAUUAAGUAAUUACUGUCUUCAAGUUAUGUAUAUUUUUAUGUUCAAGUUAUGUAUAUUUUUAUGUUCAUAUGCACAUAAGACAUUAGUUUCCAAUUAAUAGCUCACCUGAACCACAGGUUCAAGGUGAGCUUUUAGUAUAGCUGAUGGUCUGGCGUCAACAGACUCCCUUCAACAUUUUAACUUAAACAUUUUCUUCUCUUUAUCUUUGAAUUACACCAAUCUUGGUCUGUAGCAUUCUGGCAAGGUAUCUGUCAAGUUUAUUCAAAUUUGGGCAUUUGGCUCUGUUUAGGGGCUGCUAGAGUUAAAAUAGUAACUUUAAAUGACUUUCCAAUGAACUGCUUGGAGGAUCUUCAUCAAACUUGUAGCAUCUUUGUAAGGUCCUCUCUAAUCUUUGUUCAACUUGGGGCACUUGUUAAUUGAUACCUUUCAUGGGGAUAUGUUUCAUAUAUACAUUCAAGGUCAAAUAGUCAAGAUGAGGUUAUUAUUGCCCACUAGAUUUUUUGACAAUGUUUUAGGUUGAUUUCUUCUAGUUGUCACAAAAUAUGUUGCCAUAAUUAGUUUUGUUUGUUGUUAACAUAGGCUACAUUAAAGAUCCAGAAUGUAUAGUCUGAAACUUAAGGUUUAAGGAUGCCAGGAUAUUCAUUUACCUAUAGUGUAGUUGAAGGUAUAUAAACUAUUGAUAUUGGGUUGAGUUGUAUAGCUUUGGAAUGCACAUGUAAAUAAAGUUUCAUGACAAUAUGAAUCGUGCCAUGAGAAAACGAACAUAGUGCGUUUACGACCAGCAUGGAUCCAGACCAGCCUGCGCAUCCUCGCUGUUCGCUAACAGUUUCUCUAAUUGCAAUAGGCUUUGAAAGCGAACAGCAUGGAUCCUGACCAGACUGCAUGGAUGUGCAGGCUGGUCUUGAUCCAUGCUGGUCACAAACGCACUAUGUUGGUUUUCUCAUGGUGCGGCUCAUAUGAGUUCAUGUCUUGUAUAGUUUUGGCAUAUUUUUGAAACUUGCAUCUUAUUGUUAGAAUGUCCAGUGUAUGAAGUAAUUUAAAUUGCCGAUACAUGUAGUAAUUCAAAGCAAUUUUUUGCUAGUGCUUUCCUGUAAAUAAUUUAUUUCCUUUUCAGCUCAUUUGACACCAAAGUUCAGGUAGAGCUAUUGUUUUUUAGCUCACCUGUCACAUAGUGACAGGGUGAGCUUUUGUGACAGCCCUUCCUCCGUCGUCUGUCCGUCCAUCCACAAUUUCCUUGUGAACACGAUAGAGACCACAUUUUGUAUUUGAUUUUAAUCAGACUUGCACUCAACUUGUAUGGGCAUAAUAUCUCGGUUCCUUUUGAAAACAGGCCAGAUCCCAUCCAGAGUUAUGGCCCCUUAAAGGGCCAAAAUUUGCUAUUUUUGGCUUGUGAACACGAUAGAGAUCACAUUUUGCAAUCAACUUAAUAAAACUUCCACACAACUUGUAUUGGCAUAAUAUCUCAGUUCCUUUUGAAAACUGACCAGAUCCCAUCAUAGGUUUCAGAGUUAAAGGGCCAAAAUUUGCUAUUUUUUGCUUGUGAACAGGAUAGAGACUACAUUUUGCAAUCAACUUUAAUCAAACUUGCACACAACUUGUAUUGACAUAAUAUCUCAGUUCCUUUCGAAAACUGGCCAGAUCCCAUCAUGGGUUCCAGAGUUAUGGCCCCUUAAAGGUCAAAAAUUUGCUGUUUAGGCUUUUGCAGCCAUAUAGAGACUUCAUUUAUGGUUUAAUUUGAUACAAACUUGCAAAAUGUCUUCAGCAACAAUAAAUCUUGGAUUCCAUGAUGAAUCUGUCAGAUCCAGUCAUAGGUUCUGGAGUUAUUUAUAUCUGAUUACCUCCCCUGAUUUUAAUCAAAAUGGAUUUAUAUCGGUAAGUACUUCUAGGACUCAUUUAAAAUUUCAUUAUAUUCAUAGUUGGACUCAGUUGGAAUCAGGGUAGAUAACUGUGGACUGAUUUUAUGUCAAAUUACCUCCAUUUAUUUCAAAUUAAAAUGGGUAUAUCUCCGUAACUAAUGAAGAGACUGAUCUGAAAUUUCAUUUAUGCCAUCAGAUGGACUUGGAUAAUCAAUGAAGAUACAUAUUGACUGAAUUUUUGACAAAUUACCUCCCUUUAUAUUUUAUGUAAAUGAAUAUACCUAGCAGCUUCUUAUGAGAUUGGUUUGAAAAAUUAUGUCUUCCAUGGUAAGAAAACUUUUACUUACUUUUCUAAUAUAUUGUUGUACAGGUUUGUACUCUGUAUCUUCUACAUGCAUAUACAAAUUCAUGAUUACCUCCCCUGAUUUUAAUAAAACUGGAUUUAUCUCAGUAAGUAUUUAUAGGACUCAUUUGAAAUUUCAUUAUUGUCAUUAGUUGGACUGAGACAAUCAGGGUAGAUAACUAUGGAUUGAUUUUAUGUCAAAUUCCCUCCCUUUGUUUCAAAUCAGAAUGGGGGUUUCUCAGUAACCAAUGAAGAUACUGAUUUGAAAUGUCAUUUAUGCCAUCAGAUGGACUCGGACAAUCAGUGUAGAUAACUUUUGACUGAAUUUAUGACAAAUUACCUCCCUUUAUUUUAUGUAAAUUAAUAUACCAGAGCAGCAUCUAAUGAGAUUGCUUUUAAAUGUUAUUUAAGUCUUCCAGGGUAAGGAAUAGUCGUGCUUGUACAAAAUUGCAGCAUUUGAGCCUAGGACCCUCAAACUUGGUAUGGAGAUUGGCCCUGACUAGUACUUGACCCAUAGGUCAAAAGGGACUGUUACAAGAAAAUAUUUAUCCUGAUGAUAUCUAAAGUGUUUGCCAAUGUGAUCUAUAUCAAAACUUGAUCUUACUAUUAAGAGCAUGGUACUCAGGUGAGCGAUAUAGGGCCAUCAUAUCCCUAUUGUUUGUCAUAAAUUUUUAUCAGCUCUUGCAUUUAUGAACAAUUAUCAUGUUAAAUGUGCACUGUAGUUAUGUAACUAUGAGACUGCUCCUUUCUUUAACUAGCCAGAUAACAUAAUAACUCUCGAAGAGUUUUAUUUAGCUGCUAAAAUUGACAAAUUAAACAUUUUGUUGUUGACAUGAGGGCAUGUUUAUUUUUCAGCUUAUCUUAAAUAAACUUGCACAUUAGCUAAAUAACUGUAAAAAUAUGGUAUCUCUUUUUGACUAGUGAAAUUUCCAGUCAGAGUUCUAGCCCUUUUUAUUGCUUUCACACAUUACUUAAAAACAGUAGCACUAUCAGGUUAGCCAGGAUUAGUUGAAUUUAUACAGACUACAGAAAAUGAAGCUAUUUCCUGGCUAUCACAACAUUUGUUGGGCAAUUUUUUCAGCUUUAUCAACCGCCCACUAAGAUCAAAAGGGAAAAAAAGAUCUGUGGAUCAUGGCAUAGCUAGUUCCAUCCCCAGGUGAGGUGUAUUUGCACAGUGACAGUUUGACAGAGGUCAUUAUGUUUAUUUGCUAUGCAAAACUUAAUGUUUUGGUCACAGUAGUUUUAGACAACUGUUUUCCUGAACAAUAUGUCUACUUCUAAAUAAGUCUCAAUUCCUGCUUAAAUCAGUAAUAAUCUUUUAUCCUUUACCAGGUUAAUUAAUAAGUUGUGUCUGACUUAUGACUGGUGCUAAAAUAUGUGUUUAUUUCAGAGUUUAUGUUUUAUUGUUUUAUCUUGUUUUAUAUGUAAAUACAUUCUUGUUAAUGAUUGUGAUAUAAGAAAUACAAAACUUUCCUGCGUUUAUGAAGAGGACAAAUCUUUUUAAUAAACUUUUCAGUGGUA